AUGCCCAACAUGAUCAACCUCAUCAUCCGGGCCACCGCCCUCCUCUGGACCCUGCUCAUCACCGCCCUCAUCGGCAACGUCAUCGCCUCAAACAUCGACGCCGCCGGCUCCGCCAUGGCCGCCGUAAAUUUCACAAUGUUCGUCGCCGUUGUCUCGUGGAUCGUCUGCAUCUACGCCAUCGCCGCCUCCUUCGUCUCCGCUCUCGGCAGCCCCAUCGUCAUGCUGCCCCUCGACGCCUUCGCCGUCCUCUUCACCCUUAUCGACGCCAUUGUCCUCUCCGCCAAGCUGCGCGCCGUCAACUGCGCAAACAUUGGCGCCAGGCACUUUGCCUCGAGCUGGAUCGCCUUUGGCUCCGCCGACGACGAAAAGCGCUGCCGCGAGAUCCAGGCCAGCACUGUCUUCAUGUGGUUUCUCUUCAUCUCCCUCGCCGCCGGCCUCUUCUUCACCUUCAAGGACUCCCGCGGCGGCGGCCUCACCGGCUCCGUGCGCUCCUCGAGGCCCAACAUGUCUCAAGUCAGCGCCUAG